AAAACCGGGCUACCUCCUAUAUCUCCCAGAUCAGAGAGCCAAAACGACCAGGAACAAGCUCGUCCGAUUCGGAAAAAGAAAAAGAAACCUACUGAAUCCGAGUCAAGCAGUCAGGUGGCGCACAUUGUCGACGAGAAUCCGUUACCUAGAAGACGCCGAAGAACGGCAACUCCCUCAGGUGCCCGGGACGAGAGUAGUGUGGAAGCAAAAGAAGACACCGAACAAGGGUCCCCCCAGAAAAAGACCCGAAAGGCAAAAUUUAAAACUACUGGUGACGCAACUAAUGAAGGACUAGACAAGAGUGCGCCAACUGAUCAAGAGGAUCUUGGCAGCAAAGCAAGUUUGAUCAAAGAUGAGACUCCAAGAAAAAAGGGAAAAAAGAAGAAAGUAGUGAAAAAGGCCCACGGAAAGAAGGAACCAGCUGAGUUUGGUGAUGAUUUUUUGGCAAAAGAUCUCCAGGAUAUUGGAGAUGAUGUUAUUCAACUUGAAACCCAAAAAGGCGAUGGUGAUGGAACUAACAAGACAGCGGCUAUCACGACAUCCUCUGUUCUACAGAGUCAGCCCACAGAAAAAAUCUUUAUUGAGACAACCAGAGGCUUCAAAGGGUUAACAAAAACCCAGCUGACUAAACGCAUAGCCGAAAGCAAGCAGAAGAAAGCUGUCAAACCACAAACUCCAGCUUACACUACUAUGGAGUUCGGGCUCAGCACCCAUCGCGCCUUCCAGACUAUGUGCCUUUACCUGCAUGGCCUUACUGCUGGCAUUGCUCUUUGGCAGAUUAUUUUUGUCUUCAUAUUACGUCAGUUCCCUGAUAUGGACUUUGUGGAACAUUAUCGUCCUAUGGCAUUACCUGUGCAUUGUGUGUUUUAUCUGCUUUUGGCUUUGUGCGUGAUCUCCUCGUGUGAUAGGUAUGACAUUGGCAAUCUGUCUAGAGAUUUCGUGGUGGAGGCACUCACAGUGCAGAAUGGUGCGAUAGCUAUUGUGAUAUAUUUGAUCGCACUUAUUCUUAGCUUAUCAGUCGUAGACGUAGAGGAUCGCAUCCAUCUUAGAUAUGUGGAGCCCUCACUCUGGAACUAUACAAAGGUUUCAGAUUGGGAAUUACAGAAGUUUGUGGGACUGAAUACAGCACGAGGAAUAGCUGCCAUCAUAGGCUGGCUGGUUAUAGUCCUAACCGUCCAAACUGACCGACUGAGCAAAAAUCUCCGAGCAGGCGAUGGUGAAGUUCUUGUAGAAAUGGAAAUAAGAUCUGCAUCGCAAGCUUAGACUUGUGUGUGGAUGGUAUUUACUGUAUUGUCAGAGACGAUGGCUCAUAUAAAUUGAUCUGUGCAUGUGUGUGAGUGUAUGAGCAUGUGCACUUGUGCAUGUGUGUGUGUUAAUGUGUGUGGGCAUACACAUGUAUGUAUAACAUACAUUAAAAAUAUAUAUAGUUUUAUUCUUUGAUACUUUAUAAUUAAAGCCAUGUUUCUGUAAACAAGCUGCCAAAUGUCAUGAGAGUCUUGUUUCAUUGGGCUACAGCCUACACAUUUUACUGUAUGUGCAAAACAUAGAAUGAACGAAUUUUGAAGACUCCCAAACCAUUAGUAUCUAUUCAAUCAGAUGCAAGAGUUACUAAAGCCCCAUAAGAUGCUAUUAUUUUAUACGAUAUUCAUAAUUUCUGCUUUGUAAACAAAAAACCUCAGAUUGUUGUAUUAAAAGAAUUGUGCCUGUGAACAGCAGGAAAUAUUAUGUUGUCUUUCAUAUAUUUAGUCUUCUACUUAAAAUGCGUUGUUACAGUGCUCCUUCAUAAUUUUCCAGUAGCACAAAUCUUUGAAGCAUCUUGUGAAGAUAAAGAUUUGAAUUGUAUUGAAAUUAUAACACAAAAGUUGCAUAUUUGACCAUUGUUAUAGUUGAUUACACAAUAUGUUACAUUAAAAUAUGCUUGAAAUACAGAAUUUUUUUAUAUGCUUAUUUUUCUCCACAAUUUGACUCAAAGAAUAAUUCUAGUAA